AUGGAGCGGGAGAUCCCGCCAGGGAGCUCGCUGGUGGCAUGGAGGUGGUCGAGGACGAUUCGCUGUCCAACAUCAAGACCGAGUGGGGUUGCCUCAAGGAACGAGAAGUUUUUCUCUGGCGAGCCAGUGGACCCCGUUUUUGAGGGCAUCGUCCGUGACUUCUGCGAGUUCGAUCAGACCUUGCAGGACGUCUUCAGCAAGGUCAAGAAAUUCAUGAGGGGCAUCGAUUCGUUGUGUGAGGGCCUGGUGGUGCUGGCGGAAACCACCGUCAACGGCCUGAUGACGGUGGAUGACCAGCAGAUCAAGUCGGACUGCUACAAGAUGAAGGAGGCAACGAACCAGAUCAGCCGCACCGACGCGCCGUACAGCGCGGUGGCCAAGCUGCGCCGCGACAUGGACUUCAACAUCAUGAACCCCAUCCGCAAUCACAUCGUCAACAACAGGAGCCUCAAGGCGAACCUGGAGAAGCGUAGGCGCAAGCUCCUUGAGCUCAACAUCGCCAAGAAAGCGUACGAUGACAUGGUCAGCAAAGGCCGGGACCGCACCUCGCGUGGGUUCCUGAGCGCGCAGUCCAACCUGGAGGCGGCCAAGAUGAGCUUCCACGAGGUGGACAAGCACAUCUUCGAGUGGCUGUACAUCCUCGAGGACCGAUCUGGGUACAGGGGUGACAUCAUGGAUUCCUGCCUGCAGACGCUGAAGUACUUGCAGUACGAGUUCUUCGCGACUGCAGCCCACGCAAUCUCUGGCACGUUGCCGUCUCGCAUGGAGUUCCGGCCCAUGGUGGAGAUGACUCCAGAGCACUUGGAAUCGCAGGUGGACAUGGAGCUGCAGGAGGCGGAGGAGAACGACGAAGACGAAAAGGUGGUGACCGACUUCUCGGUGAGGCUGAUUGAAAAGCUGGCAAAGGACCUGACAACAAGAACAAGCCGGGCGAGAGCGUGGACUCGCAGAGCGGCGCGUCGGCCGUGGCUGUGGACCCGCUGUCGCUCUCGUCGCUGCUCUCGCAGGGUUUCGAGGAGGGCCCGGCCCGUCAGGCGCUGCGGAAGCACAACAACAACACCCAGGCAGCUUUGGACUACCUCGUUGGUGGAGGCGAAGAGGACUCAUCUUUCGACAGGCCGCGGAGGAGGCGGUGCGCAUGCCCACCACGCUGGUCCGGGUGCAGAGGCUCCGGGCAAAGCGGCGGGCCCAGCUGGAGAAGCGGCGCCAGGAGAGCCGCGGGCAGGAAGCGGCGCCCGAGGACCUGACGGCCAGGAGCGCGGCGAGCGGGGCAGGCGCCGCCGCGCCCAGCCCCUGCGCCCCCGCCUGCAUCCGAGGACCCCGCCGUGCCGAAGAAGCCGCCCGCAGUGGUCGACCUGA